AUGAAUCAGGAGUGGGCUGAUGGGUAUGAGCUUUCGCAUGUCUCCCAUUUGUCCAGGGGACGGUCAGAUCAUGCUCCCCUCUUGAUUAAUUGUCAAAAUGGGAGCCACAGCAAACGCUCGUUUAGAUUUCUGAAUGUUUGGAGGAGGCAUUCGGAUUUUAUGGAUGUGGUUCGGCAGGGUUGGGCAAUGCCGGUGGAGGGUGAGGGUAUGCCGAAAUUUUAUAAUAAGCUGAGGGCUGUGAAGGGUUGCCUGCAGGUUUGGAACGUCCAGACAUUUGGCAAUAUUUUUACCAACGUACGGGCGGCCGCGGCUGUUAUGAAACAACGUGAGGAGCAGUUCGACGCUGCGAGGGAUUCUGUGUCCAGAGCAGCGUUGGAGGAGGCAAAUGCGGUAUUUGCCAGGAGUUUGGCGUUGGAGGGUGAGUUUUGGAGGCAGAAGGCGGGCAUCAAAUGGUUGCAGGUUGGGGAUGCUAAUACAGCUUAUUUCCAUUCUUGCUGCCGGCAACGUCGCAAUUUUAAUUUUGUCGCCCGCAUUAAGGAUCAGGCAGGUACUUGGUUGGAGGAUUUACAAGACAUAAGGCAAUCAGCGGUGGAUUUCGUUUCGGCGUUGUUCGCUUCUGAACAACACGGGUGGCAAUCUCCGGAGCUGCCCUUCUCUGUCCCUCAGCUUGCUCAGGCAGACAAUGACAUGUUAUCUGCUUUACCUGACAUGGCAGAAUUAAAGGGAGUGGUGUUCGCGUUGGACGCAGAUAGUGCCCCAGGGCCGGAUGGGUUUGGGGCAGGUUUUUACCAGGCCUGUUGGGAUAUUAUCCAGUCAGACUUAUUGGAGGCGGUUCAAGCUUUCUUCCAGGGUAUGCGGUUGCCUCGGAGCUUUACUAGCACGUCUAUUAUUUUACUGCCUAAGAUUGCAGGCGCCAUGCAGUGGAAGGAUUUUCGGCCAAUUAGUCUUUGCAAUGUCUGUUCGAAAAUUAUUUCUAAGCUCGUUUCGGAUCGGUUGGGUAGGGUUCUCCCGGCCUUAGUAUCACAGUGGCAGACUGGUUUUGUACCAGGACGGGGGAUAACGGAUAACAUCCUUCUGACGCAAGAGCUGGUGGCGGAUUUAGAUAGGCGGUUGAGACAUCCGAACCUCAUGUUAAAGUUGGAUAUGGAAAAGGCGUAUGAUAGGGUCGAGUGGCCAUUUAUUUUGUUUAUGCUUCGGAGAUUUGGUUUUGCGGAGCAGGUGGUUGACAUUUUCUUUCGGCUCGUGUCUAAUAAUUGGUUUUCAGUUUUGGUGAAUGGUGAGGCUGCUGGUUUCUUUAAAUCUUCAAGGGGUGUUAGGCAGGGUGACCCGGUUUCUCCUGGCCUGUUUGUGUUAGUGGCCGAUUUUUUAGGCCGCGGGCUACAUCAUCUGCUGGAGCGGCAGCCCGGUCGGUAUUUUGUUACGGCAGGGAGUCCGGUGCCGUACUUGGCCUUCGCAGAUGACAUGCUCUUGUUUACAAGAUGCUCAAAGGAUUGCCUGUCCGCGAUAAAGGGUUUUUUGAUGGAGUAUGAGGAGGCUUCAGGUCAAAAGGUGAAUGUUAACAAGAGCUCCUUUUUUCUGCCUUCAGGGGCUACGUCGGGACAGGAGCAGUUGGUGACCCGGGUUCUAGGAUUUCGCAGGCAAUCUUUCCCAUUCAUUUAUUUGGGCGCUCCUAUAUAUAAAGGUCGGAGGCGGGGUUUCUUGUUUGAUGAUAUUAUUUCGAAAAUGCGGGCCCGUCUUGGACACUGGAGUACUAAGUUGCUGUCCUUUGGGGGCAAGCUGGUCUUAGCACGGCAUGUACUUGCUUCAUUUCCGAUGUACUUACUUCAGGUGUUGAAUCCUCCAAAGGCGGUGACCACACGGUUAGGUAAAAUUUGUAAUGCCUUUCUCUGGGAUGAUAAGGGGGAGAGGCGUAUUCAUUGGUCCUCCUGGGACAAGAUGUGUUUUCCCAUUGAUGAAGGGGGCCUGGGUUUUCGGUCCUUUACGGACAUGGCAAGGGCAUUUGCGGUCAAACUAUGGUGGCGGUUUAGGCUUGGAGAGUCCAUUUGGGCAAAGUUCAUGCAUGCCAAAUACAUCAAAGGGGUUCAUCCGUCGGAGGCAUUGGUAGAGCGGGCUUCAGGUACUUGGAGGCGUCUUAUAGCCAUACGUCAAAUGGCUGAACAGAACAUUAGGUGGUGCUUAGGGGAAAGCCUUGUGGAUUUUUGGAAGGAUAGAUGGGUUUUCCAGGAGCCGUUAGAGAGUGUGGUGGAUCGCUCUGAGAAGCCCCAUUUCCUUGUCGCGGAGUUUAUUGCCAGCGAUGGAUGGGAUGAAACGCGUCUUGGCCGGUGGGUUCCAGGGUUUGUCAUCCAGGCGAUCAAAGAAGUACCCCAUGAUUUAGCUCGGAAGGAUAUGAUGGUAUGGUUGCCUUCUCCAACGGGAUGCUUCACGGUUAAGUCGGCAUGGGAGGUGCUUCGGCAAAGGAAGCAUCGGUCUCUUGUUGACUCCCUACUUUGGCCUUCGGUUUUGCCGGCAAAAAUGUCUUUUUUGGCUUGGAGAUUGGUGCGUAAUUUCCUACCUCUGGAUAUGACGUUGCGUUGUCGGGGUUUGGCUUUGCCCUCUCGGUGCGGGUGUUGCUACCAGGCGGAGGAGGCUCUUUUGCAUGUUUUCUUGACUGGCCCGGUUGCAUCGGAAGUGUGGCGGAGAGUGUCUGGCCGAUUUGGUUUUCAUUUGCGUAAUUGCUCGAGUAUGGCGUCGGUAUUUGUCUCUUGGCACUUUACUUCAGUUUCCUCUGCGAAGGAUCAUAUUCGGGUAGUCAUGCCAAUUGUAGUGUGCUGGUUCCUUUGGCUAGCCAGGAACCAGGAGCGCUAUCAGGGCCUGCGAUGGGAGGUUGGCAAGAUACUCUGCGAGGUGGACUAUUUUUUAGAACAGCUUGGAAGGGCAGGUAAGUUUCGUCGGGCGCACUUUACAGGGGAUGCGGAUUACGAGUUGCUAAGAUCCAUUAAGGUCUCUCCGCGGAGGGGAAUCCCUUGUGCGGUUGCCUGGGAGAAACCUCCGCUGGGGCUGCUUAAGCUCAACUCGGACGCCAGCGUGAAUUGUGGUAGGGCCUCGGGUGGUGGUCUGUUGUGCGACAGUCAGGGAAAAUUGAUUUUUGCUUUUUACAAAGAAUUUGGAGAUCAGGCUGUGUUGGAGGCAGAAAGUAUGGCUCUGCUGUGUGGUUUGCAGUUGUGUCUUCAACGGGGGCUUUGUCCGUCAUUAGUCGAGGUGGAUUCCAAAACGUUGGUGCAGCUGGUUGGCUCGGGGGUAAUAGCUAAGUGGCCAUUAUGUAAUACAUUGAGGAAAGUUAGAGAUUUAUUGCAAGGUUUUUUGGCUUCAUUCUCACAUAUUUUCCGCGAGGCCAAUUCUUCUGCGGAUAGGCUAGCAUCUAUAGGGGCUGGAGGCACCCCGGUGUAUGAUCAGUUUCAGCAACUACCGGCAUUGGUUCGGGCUUCGAUUAUUCUUGACGCGCGUGGAGUGCCGGGGGUUCAUUGGGUAAUUGAUGAGGCUUAG